AUGGCCACAGAGACCGAGCGAAUUGUGUACCCAUAUGAUAUUCCGCAGAAUCCGCAUGGAAAAGCAUUUUUAUCGUACUUAGCCUCUUUAGAGGAAGAGGUGCAGAGAAAAAAGCCAAAAGGUAAAAAAGAUGUAAUAUUUCAACCACUUUAUGAAAAAGAGUUGGGCACGCAAAAAAUACUUCUUUUUACUGCAGCUAAAGGAAGCUUUCCACCUAAAUCGCCUGUGAUACAAAGCGACCAGUCUGAGGAAUUCACUAUGCAAGGAAACGAAGAGAUUAUUGGAGAGGUAGGCCGCUCCUCUUUUUCAUUUGCAAAAGGAAGAACAGCAGGGAUUCUUUAUAUCGAUGAGGAUGCAGAAAUAACUAAAAAUCUGUUUGUACGAAAUUUAAAGAACAAUAUAUUUAGAAGAAUAGAGUACACGGUUGCAACCAGUGACAUGACUCUGUAG